CUUUUCAAUCAUUUGGCGUGAUGCUGUUUUCUCUUUGGUAGACCGUUUCAGUACCAUUCAUUGCUUCUUCCACACUCGCUCUGGAUUUUCGUAUGUUAUAAAGAAAAAGAGUAGAUAUUUGAUAGAGAAGAAGCGGUGGGACACGGAGACGGAGACAGAGAAGAAGGUAGAUCUCGUUGGAUUGUGAAGCUUCUUAUCCAUGGCUUCCAAGCUUCUAUUGAUUGCUGUCUCAAUCCUUGAUGUCAUCGCUUUCGGUUUGGCUGUCGGUGCUGAGCAAAGGAGAAGCACUGCCAAAGUUGCCGUGGAUAAUGAAGCAAAUUAUAGGUACUGUGUCUAUGACUCUGACAUUGCAACAGGCUUUGGUGUUGGUGCAUUUUUGUUUCUAAUGGCUAGUCAAGUCAUUAUAAUGGUUGCAAGCCGAUGCUUCUGCUGUGGAAAGUCGUUGAAUCCUGGAGGUUCAAGAGCCUUGGCAAUUGUUCUUUUCAUUAUCUGCUGGCUGUUUUUCUUGAUCGCGGAAAUCUGCUUGCUGGCUGGUUCAGUGAGGAAUGCAUACCACACCAAGUAUGCAAUAGCCGAUGCAGAUCCUCCAUCUUGCUCAAUCUUGAGAAAGGGAGUUUUUGGAGCAGGAGCAGCUUUCAUUUUCUUCACUACCAUAGUUUCUGAGUUUUACUAUGUUUGCUAUUCCAAGGCCAGAGAAAGCUUCCAGCCAUAUGGUAGAGACCCUGGUGUGGGUAUGGGAACCUACAAAUGAGCUGCAUUAAGGUGAUCAAUUUGUGGCCGCUACUUUGCAUGUAGAUGUGACUGUCUGGACUCUCUGCAUUGAUUUUCUUACUCCAUUGCUGUUUUUUCCAGUUUCAUUGCAUGUAUUAAGGGUUCACUAUAGUAGGUGAUAGCUUGUGUAUUUUUCAAUUUGUCAGAUGAUUAUCAAUGACAGAAAUCGUUUCAUGUGUUCAAAUAAAAACCAAAUUUUUACCGGACUAUCAAA